GGCGGUUCAAGCCACGCAAAAGAAAGACGACAGCCGCAGCUCCUCCUCCCAGCAGCAGCAGCAGCAGCUCUCUGAUUAUCCCCGCGAGGCUGAUCCCCACGAGGUUGUUGAUUCCAGCAUGCCGUCCGCGAUCGCGGCUAGCCCGCGCGACCGAAUCACCAAGUUCACCAACUGCCGUCUCGUGAAGGGCGAUGUGCUCGUGGAGCAGGAUCUGUGGGUGAGCUCGGCGACGGGGCGGAUCGUGAGGAGCCAGGAGCUCUUCUACGGCGCGAAGGCGGUCCCUGACGAGACGAUCGAUCUGGGAGGGCGGAUUAUCUCGCCCGGUCUGAUCGAUGUCCAGAUGAAUGGAGCGUUUGGGUUCAACUUUUCGCAGAUUCCUGAGGAUCCAUUGACUUAUGAGAAGACGUUGAGGCAGGUCAAUAAGUCCUUGGUACAGACAGGCGUCACUUCAUAUCUUCCCACGAUCACCUCGGAGCGGAGAGAGGUCUACCAUUAUGCAUUACCCUUCCUCGGCCCCUCCAAAGGCUCCCAGGUCGCAGAGCACGGCGCCGAAUCGCUCGGCGCGCACGUCGAAGGGCCCUUCCUCAGCCCGACCAAGAACGGCGUGCACAAAGUGCAGAACCUCAUCACGGCGCACAGCUUCGCGGACCUCGAAGACUGCUACGGCGCUUCGAACCUCAACCCGACUCCCGACCCGCUCACCGGCAUCCCACGGGCACCGCAGAUCAAGAUGCUGACGGCGGCGCCCGAACUCGGGUCCAUGACGGCUCUGAUCCCGGACCUCACAGCGCGCGGCAUCGUCUACUCGAUGGGCCACACCGAAGCGUCAUACGAGGAGGCGUCCCUGGCCGUCUCGCACGGCUGCACCAUGAUCACGCACCUCUUCAACGCGAUGCGUCCUCUGCACCACCGCAACCCCGGCGUCUUCGGCGUGCUCGGCCGCGCCGAAUCCCUCCCGCGUCCCUACUUCGGCAUCAUCGCCGACGGCAUCCAUCUGCACCCCACCUCCGUCAAGAUCGCCUUCAACGCGCACCCCGACGGCUUCAUCCUCGUCACCGACGCCAUGCACCUCGUGGGUCUGCCGGACGGCGUGUACGCCUGGACCAACGGCGAGCAGAUCGUCAAGCGCGGCGCGAAACUCGUUUUGCAGGGCGCCGAGGAUACGAUUGCCGGCAGCUCCAUCACGCUGGUCGAGUGCGUGAAUAACUUCCUGUGCUGGAGUGGAGCCAGCAUACCGCAGGCGCUGCGGGCCGUGACGGCGACGCCGGCGGCUAUGUUGGGACUGCAAGGCGUCAAGGGCUCGUUGGAGAGUGAUGCGGAUGCGGAUCUGUGCGUCUUUAGUGAGGAGGUGGGGGAGGCUGGGGGGACGAGAUUGGUCGUGGAUCAGGUGUGGAAGUUUGGGACAAAGGUGUUUGAUAGAUUGGAGUAG